UUCUUAACAUUUCAUAACCCUACAUUUUUUAUUGAAAUCAAUUAAAUUUCACGUGUCUUAUAUAAUGGAAUUGAGUUGACAUUGAAUUUUGUAAAUAUUUGAAGAUAUAAAUAAUAAAUUCUAAAUUUUAAGUAGAAAAUAUAUCUAACAUUAGUCAAUUAAUUGUCAUUAAAUUGUCGUUUCGACAUUUCAAUACAUUCCGUUUCGUUGCUAAUAUUUCAUCGCUGUAAAUUAUUAUUAAAAAAAAAGUACAAUUACACAUAUCACGAUGGACAAGAAUCAUAAAUUGCAAAUAUUAAAGAACGCUAUAAAGAGUUAUCCCGAUUUUCCUGAGCCAGGAAUUAUUUUCCGAGACAUAUUUGGUGUGUUUCAUAAUAUUACAGCAUUGAGAGCGAUGAAAGACUUAAUAGUGGAACAUAUUUUAUUUCUUGAGAUCGAUUUGGUUGUAGGACUGGAUUCCCGUGGCUUUCUCUUCGGUCCUAUGAUCUGCAUGGAAUUGGGCAAACCAUUCUUGCCCAUUAGGAAGAAAGGAAAGCUUCCAGGCAAGGUCACUCAACAGAAAUAUGCAUUGGAGUAUGGCGAAGCCACAUUCGAAUUGCAAACAGACUUCAUUAACAAGGGAACCAGAGUGCUCAUUGUUGACGAUUUACUGGCAACUGGAGGUACCAUGGCUGCUGCUGUGGAGUUAGUAAAAUCAGCAGGAGCUGAUGUAGUUGAAUGCUUAGUGAUAAUGGAAUUGACUUCAUUGAAAGGCCGAGAUAAACUCGGAGUUCCUGUUUACUCCUUCAUAAAUUACGAUUAAAACGAUAAUUAUCACACAAUAUUUGUAAGUACAAAAAUCGAGCAUAAAUAUAAUAAUGUAUUACCUCAUAUAUCUUUGCUACGAGUAUUUACAAAAAUUGAUGAGGAAGAUAUUUUUUUAUUACAUAAAUAUAUAUAUUUAUGUACAUG